ACAAGAGCAGAGGCCAAUUCUCCUCUUCAUGAGAACCCUGAAUCCCUAAAUGAGGCAGAGGCCUUGAACCCAGAAGUUACUCUAUCUUCAGAGGGGACCUUAAACCUAGAAGACAUUCUCUACCUGGAGGACACAGGUGACAUUGAUGAGACACUCUAUGUGCAAGAGACUGAGAAGCCAGACGAGGCCCUAUAUAUUGAGGAGGCCAUGCAGCCAGAUGAGGCUCUGUAUGUGGAGGAGCCUGGGAAUCCAGAGACAGUGUGUGUGGAGGAAACCAUGGAGCCAGAUGGGAUACAGUUUGUGGAGGGACCCGUGGAGACAGGAAGGCCCACAAGCCCAGAGCAGGUUGUUUGUGAGGGAGAGACGGUCACAAGGGCGGAGAAAUCUAACCCUGAGGAGAGCCUGGGAGCCGAGCUGAGCACCAGUAUGGAGGAGGAGAGCCUGAGCAUAGAGGACCUGGAAUUGCUAGAGGGGCGUUUCCAGCAGUGUGUCCAAGCUGUGGCCCAGCUGGAAGAGGAGAGGGAUCAGCUCAUCCAUGAGCUUGUGUUGCUCCGGGAGCCAGCCCUGCAGGAAGUGCAGCAAGUCCAUCAGGACAUCCUGGCUGCCUACAAGCUCCACGCCCACGCAGAGCUGGAGAGAGAUGGGCUAAGGGAGGAGAUCCGGCUGGUCAAGCAGAAACUGUUCAAGGUGACGAAGGAAUGUGUGGCCUACCAAUACCAGCUGGAGUGCCGCCAGCAGGACGUGGCUCAGUUUGCCGAUUUCCGGGAAGCGCUGACUGCAAGGGUGGCCCAGCUCUCAGAGGAACUGGCACAGCUCCGGGAUGCCUAUCAGAAGCAGAAGGAGCAGUUGCGGCAACAACUAGAGGCCCCUCCAAGCCAGAGAGAGGGGCACUUUCUCCAGGAGAGCCGGCGACUCUCUGCCCAGUUUGAAAAUCUCAUGGCAGAGGGCCGCCAGGGCCUGGAGGAGGAGUACGAGCCUCAGCUCCUGCAGCUCCUAGAGAGGAAAGAAGCUGGGACCAAAGCUCUGCAGAAAACCCAGGCUGAGAUCCAGGAGAUGAAGGAGGCUCUGAGACCCCUACAAGCAGAGGCCUGGCAGCUCCGACUGCAAAACAGGAACCUGGAGGACCAGAUUGCACUUGUGAGGCAAAAACGAGAUGAAGAGGUGCAGCAGUACAGGGAACAGCUGGAGGAAAUGGAAGAACGCCAGAAGCAGUUAAGAAGUGGGGUGCAACUCCAGCAACAGAAAAACAAAGAGAUGGAGCAGCUAAGGCUCAGUCUUGCUGAAGAGCUCUCUACUUAUAAGGCUAUGCUACCCAAGAACCUGGAACAGGCUGAUGCUCCCACUUCUCAGGCAGGUGGAAUGGAGACAAAGUCUCAAGGGGCUGUUUAGAAACAUAUGGCCAAAUCUGUAACCCAGAAACACCAGAACACUUUUUAGAAGAUCACUAAGUACCCUUUGGACGUACUCUUCCCAACAGACAAGAGUGCCAGAAACUUGGCAAGCAAUCAUCCUGUGAAAGUUGCAAAUACUGGCUGACCUGCUUAAAAAGAUUCUGGAGUUGGCCAGAGGCAGAACACCAGACAACUCUGCUGGAUUCUAUUUCAUCUGCUGUUGGUACUAAUCUCAGUGCAUCAAGGAAAGGAAAAAUAAGCCUUCUGUCUUCCAGCAGCAAUCCUCACAUACAUAUGUGCUGAGUAAAGGAUCAAUGUAUGGACACAUCUUGGAGUAUUUUAAAGAAUGUUUAUGUUGACCCAAACCAAAAACAUUGAGGGGCGGCACAUGUGGAGUCAAAAAGAUAGCCAAUUUCCAUUGCACAUGGGUUUACAAUUUGCAUUCUUUUGUGCCAGUCAGUGUUAGAAAUUAAAUGAAUACUUUCACAAAGUUUA